AUGGCGAAAAGUGUUCGUGCCAGCGUUUCCAAGCGCAACAGAGCAAACCUCCGUAAGAAGGUGUUCGGUCCAGUCGUUGAUGCUCGAACCGAACGUCUUGCCGCCAAACUCCAAGAACUUGCCUCGCAGCCUCGUCCUGAGGCCCCUGGAAAAGAAGAUACCGGUAUGUAUGCUACUGUUGGCUUUGAGUGCGUCUCCGGUCUCCCGCUAAAUCUCCUCUCCUCCGCAGAGCAACCUGACGGUGUCGCUCAGGCCGCUGCGACCGGCGAAGAAAUGGAUGUCGAUACCAAACCCUCCUCGAAAUCGUCCCAGAAGCCUGGGCGUGUGCAAAAGCGCAACCGGAAGCCUCGCAACUCCAUAGUGUUCCAGAAGAAGACCAACAAGGACAAGAAGGGCUCCAAGAGAAAGUGA